GCGAGCCCGCCUGUGGGGUGGGUGGGGCGCGCGCGCGCGCGCGUCAACCUGCAGCCGCAACUUCGCAACUCCCUCGCAUUGACACAGAGAGAGAGACACAGCCAAGCUGCUACUGCUAACCACGACUAACUACGACUAACUACCGAGUACUAAACUACCGUGGUCUCUCCUCACAUCAGCGAGUCAGGCGCAGGUCCACGGGGCGUGGGAAACUUCCCAGAUCCGAGAUUUUCCUACCGUGUUGACUAUUAAAGCCGCCGCCACCACCACCAUUGUCAACAACAACACCAUCAAAGGCAAGCUAGCGAUCAACAUCACCAUCCACCUUCAUAGCGUCACCCAAUUCCGAUCAACAUCAUCGCCACCGAUAUUUACCAUACAUUAAUAAUCAUCAUCACCCAUCAAUCGGCCUCAUCACCCAUCAAUCAGCAUCAUCAUCAUCGUCGUCAUCAUCAGCAUCAUCGUCGCUGAUCUUCCGUGUCGAGGAGGCCGCUUCUUGCCGCUGAACGAAGGAGCUUCACCGAUCCCGAAGGCGUCUCGCCAUGGGUCUCGCCGCCUGCUUGAAGUGCAUGAAGUGUGUCCUCGUCGUCUUCAACUUCAUCUUCUGGCUUGUGGGGUGCGCUCUGCUGUCCAUCUCACUGUGGCUGAGAUUCGAUCAGAACACCAAGGACAUAUUUGACAACCCCAACGCGCCAACCACCUACUAUAUUGGGAUUUACGUUCUGAUCGUGGUGGGGGCGCUCAUGAUGGUGGUCGGAUUCCUCGGCUGUUGCGGAGCCAUCCAGGAGUCGCAGUGCAUGCUGGGAACCUUCUUCACUUUGAUCGUCAUCCUCUUCUCGGCCGAGAUCACCGCCGCCAUCUGGGCCUUCAUGUUCCACGACGAGGUGGAGACGCAGAUGAUUGAGUACUACAACGGCCUCUACAACGACAACAGCAACAGCACACGCUCCGCCACCAACAAAACUCUGAGCAUCAUCCACUCCACGCUGGAUUGCUGCGGGCAGCCGAAUCUCAACUACACAAGCCUGUUGUCGACGUACUCCUGUCCACCGGAGUACACCAAGAACUGCGUGGACGAAAUCCGCAGCUUCCUCGGGACGAAGGUGUACAUCGUGGCCGGCCUGGCGCUGGGGGUGGCGGUCAUCAUGAUCUUCGGCAUGAUAUUCAGCAUGGCCGUCUGCUGUGCCAUCCGCAACGACAGCCCUUACUGAGAAGUUUUGCCAGCGUCUCGGUACCAGCCCAGCCCAGGCCAGCAAAGCCUCGGCCGGGCUAGUUGGGUCAAGAUUGUCCCGGCAAGCUUUAGCCUGGCCAAGGUCUGGCCUAAAGCCUCGCCCGGUCUGGCUUGGCCCAUCUCAAACCAGAAAAGUCUAGCCCAGCCGAGCCCAUCCCAGCCUAGCAAAGCCAAGCUCAGCCUAAGCCUGGCCUGCCGAAGCCUAGAACAGGCCGGACCAGUGUUGCCAACCGAGCAAUUUUUUGGCACUAGAUUUAAACAACUUUCCGAGUUUCGAUAGCAACAAAAAUUUUGAUGUUUAUCAGUCUACCAUGUGUAAUACUACGCGGAAAUAUUGUCGAGCGACAUGGUUUCCAAAUAAGUUAUCCCUCAAGGAUUCUGUAUCAUUUUACUUUUGUCCCCACAUUCUCCGUAUGGUAUAACACUUCCCGUAAAGAAACGCCCCAAAUAUGUUCCCAGUCAGAGAUGAAGUUACACGGAUCAGGUCACGCACGCACACACGUGUACGCACACACACGUGUACGCCCACGCACGUGUACACGCAAACACGCAUAUCUGCCGGAUUGCAAGGCGCACCACCAAAGUUUCCUCUGGAAUACAGGAAGCAAGUGCCUAAUGUAAUCUGGAGAAUGCGGUAAUGCUGGGUCAGUCGUCAACCGGCGUUGCUGGCAACUUGAGAAUGUCUGCCUAGCGACGUCAAAUCAGCUUUCUGAGGUUCACUCGGCGACAUCCUCAGCCUUGUCAAGACCGCCGACUCAAAAGAACUGAAUGUGCCCUAUUGUCGUAUUAGUUUAUCGUCGUUUGCAGAUUUAGUUUGGUCGUUGCCCCAAGGCCGUUUGCGAGCGGGGUUCCCGGAGUAUAAUGGCCGGAGCCUUCUCCACACGUGGGGCUCCCAGAGGCGCGUGACAGCGGCUAACAAUUCGUGACUGUGCUGAUGAGUCGCGGUGAGGAUGCAGCCGGUUAGCGCGUUUGGCUACGUACGGUGCUAAAUGACUUGGUACGUGCAUUCCCCAGGGUGCGCGUGUCUUUGUUUCACUUCUAUCCAUGCGAUGGGCCCCGUUAUCCCAACUCAGUCCUUGAGAACUAAUCGUCGUUGUGUUGAGUUGUCCUUUCUCCCCCCGUCGCACCUCCGGUUAGCACGAUUGGCCAGGUACGGCGCGAAAGAAGUUCUACGUGCAUUCCCCAGGGUGCGCGUGUCUUUGUUUCACCUCUAUCCACGGGAUGGCCACGUUAUCCCAACUUUAUUUCUUUCGAACUGCUCGUCGGCGAUGUUGUUGUGGUGUUUAAUUUGUUGUCCUGCCCCCCUCCCCGUCGCGCCUCCGAUUUCGCCACGGUCGUCCACGUUAGGGCACGCAAAAUGACAAAACGCAUCCACUUCUUUUGGUGACGGUGGCUCCGGACACGGCCUUCUUGCCCGGAUGUUAAAUCUUAUUUAAGCGGUUUCGCAAGGAGCGGCCGGUCUCGAGCGAAGCGAGCAAAGCCGAGCCAGCCAGCGUUGCCGGCCGAGCCGCCUCGGAACAAACUUUUAAAGUGAGUGUUUUUAUAAGAAAGGAACUCUACCGAUAUGCUGAGUAACGGGAGAGUACACAUGUAUAGAAACGCAACCGCGCAACCGCACAUGUUGCUUUGCGGCGAGCAAGAAAAGAAAGUGCCUUUGCCGUUUUAUUUUUUGAGAAACUCGACUCUCGAUGAAUCUUUAAAGUUUAAAGCAUAUAAAUGAUGCAUGCGUUUGUUUGCA